CACAAGCAUACGAGAAAACAAAAAGGAAGUAAGAGAAGGGAAAGAUGCUGCAUAGGGCAGCAACAAGUGCAUAUUCAUGGUGGUGGGCUAGCCAUAUUCGAACGAAACAGUCGAAAUGGCUCGAGCAGAACCUCCAAGAUAUGGAGGGGAAAGUACAGUUCAUGUUAAAGAUCAUAGAACAAGAAGGAGACUCAUUUGCAAAAAGGGCAGAAAUGUAUUACAAAAAAAGACCAGAACUCAUACAAUCAGUAGAAGAAUCAUACAGAGCAUACAGAGCACUAGCAGAAAGAUUUGAUCACAUAUCAAAAGACUUACAGUCUGCUAACAGAGCAAUUGCUGCUGUUUUUCCUGAACAAGUUCAAAUGUCUGUUGAAAGUGAUGAAGAAGACAGUUUAACAGGCUCAACUUCUUCACCUUCACCAUCACCUGAUCGUUUAACUACGAAGAACACGUCCCCUAAAAACUUCCCGAAAGCUCCAAAACCUCCAACUCCUAGGUCAAAGAACGCGAAAGCACAAGCUAUGUUAGCUUCUAGAAGAGAACAACUCAGGAAAAAUCUGAGUACUACUGGUACUGUAUUGACAGCAAAUUCAGGGUUAAGUAAAAAGGAAGCAUUUAAGGAAAUUGAUAACUUUGAAAAAGAGAUUUUGGUGAUGCAGACUGAGAAGGAGUUUAUGAAGAGUAAAUAUGAGAGUUCAUUGGCUAAGUUUUUGGAGUUGGAGAGUAAGAUUACUGAAUCACAGACAAAAGUUUGUAAUUUGCAGGAUGAGUUUGGGUUUGGUGCUGUGAUUGAGGAUUAUGAGGCGCGUACUUUGAUGGAGGGUUCUGCGUUGAGUUCAUGCGCGAAGGUGUUGGCCAAUUUGCAGGAGGAACAAGAAAGGUCUAUAUUUGAGGUUAAGGAAGAGUAUAAAAGGAUUAAAGAAGCUCAUGAUAGGAUUGAAGAUCUGAAAAAACAGUGUGGGAGUAAUAAUAAUAAUGAUGCAGAGAAUUGUGAAGAAGAUUUGGUUUGGGGUUCGGGUUUUAAAGAAACGCUUGCUGGAAUCGAGGGAACGGGAAAUGUAGAUGAAUUAAGGGAGAAAAUUAAAGAACAGUUGAAGUAUAACUCUAGUAAAGCUUUGACUGAACCAGAAAUGGCAGAAAAUAUUGAUAAUUUGGUGGAUAAAGUUGUUUGUUUGGAGUCAACAGUUUGUUCACAGAACGCGUUGGUGAAGAGGUUGAGAGAUGAGAUUGAUGGACUUUUUCGGCAUAUUAAGAGUUUUGAAGAACAGAAAGAAGAAUUACAGGAAGAUUCUGUUAUGAGAAAAAGGUUGAGAGAAUUGGAAGAUGAACUUGUGAAAAUUAAAAGCUAUAACAAAGAAGUUGCUGAUAAAAAGAACAGUAUUGUUUUAGAAAUUACUGGUGCUAGUUGUAAUCUUGAUCAUUUACAGGAAAAACUACAUGAUGUUAAGCCAUUUGAAGGGGUUGUUAAAUCUGAACAAGAAGUUGCAGAGAUAAUUCAGAAAGAACAACAGAAUCAUUCAGAAAAAGAAAAUAGUUCAGAAAAGGAGAAUUAUUGCAGUGAUUCUGAGAAUCAUCAAAAUGAGGUGAUGAUGAAAGAGGUAGCAGAAGAAGAGGAAAGCACAAUUGAGACUGAAUUGCAAUUAGGGGGGGAAGAAGAUGGGAUUAAUUGGAGGCAACUUUACAUGAACAAUAUGGAGGAAAGAGAGAGGAUUUUAGUAGAGGAAUAUACCGUGAUUCUUAGGGAUUAUAAGGAUAUGAAGGUGAAACUUAGUGAAAUGGAGAAGAAAAGUAGGGAUAAUGUUUUUGAAUUGGCAACUCUUGUGAAGGAUUUAAGGGAUACAAAUGAUGCGAAAGAUGAGGAAAUUCAAGUUCUGCGGAAAAAACUUAGUGCUUUUGAAGGAAAUGGUGAUGAUGAAGUUACACGUUCGGUGGAAAAAUGUGAUAUCAAACCAGAAGAAGAAGAAGAUAGGAGUGACAACAAAGAGAUCAUCAAAAGUAGUAGCAGUGAUCCAGAAAGGAAGCCGCUUUUCCAUCAUUUGUAUGGUCCAGACGGGUUAAUCAAUGAAAACGAAGAUGAAAAUGAAAAUGAGAAAGAAAAUGAGAAUAAGGUUACUGAAAGUAGAGUAAAGAUAAAGGAAGUUUCUAGAACUGAAAACAGGUUUAGAGCAGAACUUGAUAAUUUACUAGAAGCAAACCUUGAUUUUUGGUUAAGGUUCAGUACUGCGUUUCACCAGAUUAGAAAGUUUCAGACUUCGAUCAAAGACCUGCAAACAGAGUUAUCAAAGUUAAAGAAACAAGGAACUGAUCAUCUGUUACAAUAUCAAGUGAAAUCUGAUGCAAGACCUUUAUACAAACAUUUAAGAGAAAUUCAGACUGAACUUACAUUAUGGUUAGAACACAGUGGAGUAUUUCAGGAGGAAUUAAGAGGUAGAUUUUCAUCAUUAAACAACAUACAGAAGGAAAUUACACAAUUAUGGAGCACUAAUACUAAACAAGAAUUGAGUGAUUAUCAAUCAGCAAAGUUUCAAGGUGAGAUUCUGAACAUGAAGCAUGAAAACAGUAAAGUUGCUGAGGAAUUACAGGCCGGUGUUCAGCGUGUUAAAGCACUUAAAUUUGAGACAGGAAAGGCUUUGAUGAGGUUAGAUAAAGAGUUUGGUGUUUCUGACUUGAAGUUUUGUUUGAUGAAUCCUUCUGUAAAGCCAAGAAUUCCGUUGCAUACUUUUUUGUUUGGAAUUAAGCUUAAAAAGCAGAAGAAAUCACCAGCACAGUCGAUAUUCUCAUGUGUCACCAGCCGAACAUUGUCAACGUAG